AUGCCGCGACGAAGACGGGACCGAACGUUUACUUGCGAUGAGCAGCAGCCAAAUUGUCGCGCUUGCCAGCGGCUUGGCCAGCCAUGCGAUGGUUAUGGAGCCAAACUAGUCUGGAUAGAAGAUGAGGGCCAGCCAUACAGGUCCGAUGGCCGUCGGUACAUUGACUGCGAUGCCACAUGGGCAGGUCAUGCAAUUCUUGACUCCGGUUUAGUGGACCAACUCAUAGAUGGCUGCGAUCCCGAGUGCGCCGAAAGCAGCAGCAGCCAGCCGACACUGGGACUGCCUAAAUCCAGCCCAUUCGGCUGCUUUCGCGCGUCGGCGAAGAAUGCGGAUCAUCCAUUUGGCUUGCUGUCCAAUGCAUAUAGACUAUUGACCAUUGAUCCUACGGACCCAUUCAGCUCGAGCAGCGAGGCUCGAUAUAUUUUCUAUCAUUACACUAGUCAUGUAUCCACCAUCAUGAUUCCGCUUUUUCAUCCCCGUAAUCCCUGGUAUUUUUACUAUCCAGCAGUAGCGCGUUGCUACGAAACAUCCGAGCAAAAGGCGCUUUACAAUGCAAUGCUGUCACAUGCAGCUUACAACUUGGCUGGACUAGCCAGCUUGCCAGACAAGAUGUUUUUACUUGCAACUGAAUAUUACACAAACGCAAUUGUACAGCUGAAAUCCAGCCUGCAGCGAGAGAAUCCGGACUAUGGUGGAACACUGGCGACUAUUUUAACUUUGUGCAUGGCGGAGGUGUAUAGCGGGAGACCUGGAACUUGGAGGCUACACCUCAGUGGUGCCUGGACGCUACUUUGUGAACAUAGCGAAAAACAGCCCUGGACUGAGUCGGAUUUUGCCUGCUGCUCGACGCAGAGCCUGUGUAUCACCAAAGUGAUCUCUGAUACCGGGAAGGGCCUUAAGGGGACUUCUGGGAUUGAAGACUCUUGGACGAGGAUACCCUUUUUAGAUGAGAUACUAUUCGGUAGCCCUGACAACUUCAGCACAUCCAUCAUGGACGACGAUGAUGCCGAGCGUUCCCUGGUUUCCCGUGUCUCCUCUACACCUGAAUUCGGAUUCACUAUUGGGUCUACAAAGUCUCUGCUGGCGUGCAUUUCGUCUAUCACCAUCGCUGGUAGGAAGAUGAGGACGAAAGCUUUGCACAGUCAACAAGAAGCCGAUUUGCUAGAUGAAAUACUCUCCAAGAUCUUUUCGUGUCUGGACAAAUGCAAAGAAGAGAUCGCAUAUAAUAUCUGUGACUCGGAAAUUGGAAGUUUUGAUGAUGAUCAAUCUCGGAUCCUCUCAAACCACCAACGACAGGCUUUUAUUUCUGCAACAUACAUCUACCUUUACAGAGUUCUAUUCGACCUCCCGCCAUACAGCGUAAGGCAAUACGUGUCUGAAGUUUUGUUACGAAUAUCGGCUUUUCAUUCUGCAAGCCACGGAAAUCUCUCAAUCUGGCCUGCAUUCAUUGCUGCAGUUGAAGUUUACGCACCAGAGGACAUGGCUCUCGCACGGAAUUGGUUGCAUCACACCACCAUGUUUGGGAUUGGUAGUAGAGUCUGUGUCCGUAGGCUGGUGGAAGAGGUCUGGAAGAGGCGAGAUGAAGCGGCUGCUGAGUUGGGAAUUGACAAGGGCUUGAUAUCAAUUGACUGGCGAGCAGUCAUGGAAGAACUGGACAUGGAUAUACUCCUUAUAUAA